AUGGUGGUGACGAUUACCAGGCGGAAGUAUACAAGACCUUUGAUAGAUCACCCCAUCUACUGCGGAGCAGUAAACGUCAACGAAUUGGAGACUCGCCAGGGACAGUCGGGUAGCAGUGUAGCCACCCGCCGCAAUCAGCAAAACGAAGCCAACAGGACCCAUGUCACGAAAAGGUCAAGGCAGCGUGGUCUAGAAUACCAGUACUGCACUCAGAAAUGCUUAUCGGGCCUUAUAAACGACGGUCCCAUCGACCACGAUUGCCCCAACGCAUCACUACAUGGCCGGCAGCCGAUCAACCAUGCCACCUUCCUCGAGCUCCUUUGGAAGCAGCUGGAAGCAUCGCUAGAUGACGGUAUCUGGCCGUUAGGGAUAGGCGGUUCACGCGGGGUGCUCUUCAAGGUCACUCUCCUCGAGUUUGGCUACACGUUUGUCAGCAAGGGCACCGUGCGGGCGUUUGUGGUGGACCUAGAGCACGAGGCCGCCGUGUAUGCACGCCUGAAGCCUUUGCAGGACACCUACGUGCCUGUGUUCCUCGGGGCCACAGACCUACAGUCUAUGGGGAAGACCUACUACUACGACCAUCGGGUGUAUGUGGUUCAUAUGUCAUUUAUGUCCUGGGGCGGGACUCGACCGGACCCGCAUGGGGGAGAGCGGCUGCGGGAGAAAGCGGCUCUAUCACUACGGGCAAUCCACAAUAAUGGGGUGAUCCAUGGGGACGUGAGGGGGGCCAACAUGCUCUGCAGUGAUGAGAUGGACGGUAUCAUGGUGAUCGACUUUGAGAGAGCAUUGCUGGUGCCGUCGCCUCGGCCUCCGCUGAGCCCAGCGCGGUCGCCUAUCAAGCGAUUACGGACGGAGGAUCCGGGCCAAGAGCGGAGCAGUUCCAAACGCGGUCUCCAGCACUUGUUGGCGUCAGACAGAGCUGCGGUAUCGCACCUUUUCGAAGAAUGA